UUCAUGAUGGUGAACAGCUCUGGGCGAGCAUCAGGGCAGAAAGCCCACCUGCUGCUGCCCACCCUGAAGGAGAACGACACCCACUGCAUCGACUUCCACUAUUACCUGUCCAGCAGAGACCGGUCCAGCCCCGGCUCCCUCAACGUCUACGUGAAGGUGAACGGGGGCCCCCAGGGCAAUCCCAUCUGGAAUGUCUCGGGAGUCGUCACGGAGGGAUGGGUGAAGGCAGAGCUGGCCAUCAGCACCUUCUGGCCACAUUUUUAUCAGGUGAUCUUUGAGUCGGUGUCUCUGAAAGGACACCCCGGGUACAUCGCAGUGGAUGAAGUCAGAGUUCUUGCCCAUCCAUGCAGAAAAGCCCCUCAUUUCCUGCGGCUCCAGAACGUGGAGGUGAACGUGGGACAGAACGCGACGUUCCAGUGCAUUGCUGGGGGGAAAUGGUCCCAGCACGACAAGCUCUGGCUCCAGCAGUGGAAUGGGAGGGACACAGCCCUGAUGGUCACUCGAGUGGUCAACCACCGGCGUUUCUCGGCCACCGUGAGCGUGGCCGACACCUCCCAGCGCAGCAUCAGCAAGUACCGCUGUGUCAUCCGCUCCGACGGCGGCUCCGGGGUGUCCAACUAUGCAGAGCUCAUUGUGAAAGAGCCCCCCACUCCCAUCGCCCCUCCGGAGCUCCUGGCCGUGGGAGCCACGUACCUGUGGAUCAAACCCAACGCCAACUCCAUCAUCGGGGACGGGCCCAUCAUCCUCAAGGAGGUGGAGUAUCGGACAACCACGGGCAACUGGGCAGAGACUCACAUUGUGGACUCCCCCAAUUACAAACUGUGGCACUUGGACCCCGACGUGGAGUACGAGAUCCGGGUGCUGCUCACGCGCCCUGGGGAAGGAGGAACAGGCCCCCCCGGGCCCCCCCUCACCACCAGGACCAAGUGUGCAGAUCCCGUGCACGGCCCCCAGAACGUGGAGGUGGUGGACAUUCGGUCGCGGCAGCUGACGCUGCAGUGGGAGCCCUUCGGCUACGCCGUGACCCGCUGCCACAGCUACAACCUCACCGUGCAGUACCAGUACGUGUUCAACCAGCAGAAGUUCGAGGCCGAGGAGCUCAUCCAGACCUCCUCCCACUACACCCUGCGGGGUCUGCGGCCCUUCAUGACCAUCAGGCUGAGGUUGGCCCUGUCCAACCCCGAGGGCAAGAUGGAGAGCGAGGAGCUGGUGGUGCAGACCGAGGAGGAUGUUCCUGGACCUGUUCCCUUGGAAUCCAUCCAGGGAGGACCUUUUGAAGAGAAGAUCUAUGUGCAGUGGAAGCCUCCAAAUGAGACAAAUGGCAUCAUUACACUCUAUGAGAUUACAUACAAGGCCGUUGGAUCCCUGGAUCCCAGUGCUGACCUGUCCAGCCAAAGGGGGAAAGUCUUCAAGCUGAGGAAUGAGACCCACCACCUGUUUGUAGGAUUAUACCCAGGGACCACAUAUUCCUUCACCAUCAAAGCCAGCACAGUCAAGGGCUUUGGGCCACCCAUCACCACUCGGAUUGCAACUAAAAUUUCAGCGCCGUCGAUGCCGGAGUACGACACGGACUCGCCCCUGAACGAGACCGACACCACCAUCACCGUGAUGCUGAAGCCUGCUCAGUCCCGGGGAGCACCUGUCAGUGUUUAUCAGCUUGUUGUCAAGGAGGAGAAGCUGCAGAAAGCGCGGAGAGCUGCAGACAUCAUCGAGUGCUUCUCUGUCCCAGUGAGCUACAAGAAUGCCUCCAGCCUGGACUCCCCACACUACUUUGCAGCUGAGCUGAAGCCCAUCAACCUUCCUGUCACACAGCCCUUCACCGUGGGCGACAACAAGACCUACAAUGGCUACUGGAACGCUCCACUUUCUCCCCUGAAAAGCUACAGCAUAUACUUCCAGGCACUUAGCAAGGCCAAUGGAGAAACAAAAAUCAACUGUGUCCGCCUGGCAACAAAAGCAGUAAUAGGUAGACAAGAGGUGACCACGCGAAACCUGCCCAGCCUCUUGAGCACAGUUUGUUCAUCUGAUUGGCCGUCGAUAUUUAGAAGAAAUGCCUAUUCCUACUCCUAUUACUUGAAGCUGGCCAAGAAGCAGAAGGAGACUCAGACCAGCACACAGAGGGAGAUGGGUCCCGUGGCUACUUCUGACAAGACCUCCACCAAACUCAGUGCUGUGCACAAUGAAGAUGCUUUUUCUUCCAGCUGCCAAGAUGUUAAUGGAUUCACAUCACCCUCUCCUUGUUCAUUUUCUGUCCAAAGCAAAACCCUUCAGAGCAAAUCUAUGUUGAAUUCCUACUACUCAGUAUCAUCAGACACUGUCCCAUCGACCACGCUGUUAGACAGCAGCCAUGGAGAGAUGCCCCAGCCCACGCUGACCAUCCAGACCCACCCGUACCGCAGCUGCGAGCCCGUGGAGAUGUCCUACCCCCGGGGGCAGUUCCAGCCUGCCAUCCGAGUGGCAGACCUGCUGCAGCACAUCACCCAGAUGAAGAGGGGACAGGGCUAUGGCUUCAAAGAGGAGUAUGAGGCACUCCCCGAGGGCCAAACGGCGUCCUGGGACACGGCCAAGGAGGAUGAAAACCGCAAUAAGAACAGAUACGGGAACAUAAUCUCCUAUGAUCACUCAAGAGUGAGAUUGCAGCUGCUGGAUGGGGACCCUCACUCUGACUACAUCAAUGCCAAUUACAUCGAUGGGUACCACCGGCCUCGCCAUUACAUUGCAACUCAAGGGCCAAUGCAAGAGACAGUGAAGGAUUUCUGGAGGAUGAUUUGGCAAGAAAACUCUGCAAGUGUUGUCAUGGUCACCAACCUGGUGGAAGUGGGCAGGGUGAAGUGUGUUCGAUACUGGCCAGAUGACACAGAGGUCUAUGGAGAUAUUAAAGUCACAUUAAUUGAGACAGAACCCUUGGCAGAGUAUGUCAUACGGACAUUCACGGUCCAAAAGAAAGGCUACCAUGAGAUCCGAGAGAUUCGGCAGUUCCACUUCACCAGCUGGCCGGACCACGGCGUCCCCUGCUACGCCACGGGCCUGCUGGGCUUCGUGCGCCAGGUGAAGUUCCUCAACCCCCCCGAGGCAGGACCCAUCGUGGUGCACUGCAGUGCUGGGGCAGGGAGAACAGGCUGCUUUAUUGCCAUUGACAUCAUGCUCGACAUGGCAGAGAACGAGGGCGUGGUGGACAUUUUUAACUGCGUGCGGGAGCUGCGGUCCCAGAGGGUCAACUUGGUGCAGACAGAGGAGCAGUAUGUGUUUGUCCAUGAUGCCAUUUUGGAGGCAUGUCUCUGUGGCAACACGGCCAUUCCAGUUUGUGAGUUCAGAUCCAUCUAUUACAACAUCAGCAGGCUGGAUCCACAGACCAAUUCCAGCCAGAUAAAAGAUGAGUUUCAGACCCUGAACAUCGUGACGCCGCGGGUGCGGCCGGAGGAUUGCAGCAUCGGGCUCCUGCCCCGCAACCACGACAAGAACCGCUGCAUGGACGUGCUGCCCCUGGACCGCUGCCUGCCCUUCCUCAUCUCCGUGGAUGGCGAGUCCAGCAACUACAUCAAUGCUGCCCUCAUGGAUAGCCACAAGCAACCUGCUGCCUUUAUUGUAACCCAACACCCUCUGCCCAACACCAUCGCAGACUUCUGGAGGCUGGUGUUUGAUUACAACUGCUCCUCUGUGGUGAUGCUGAAUGAGAUGGAUGCAGCACAGCUCUGCAUGCAGUACUGGCCAGAGAAGACAUCCUGUUGUUAUGGCCCCAUUCAGGUGGAGUUUGUCUCAGCAGACAUUGAUGAAGACAUCAUCAACCGGAUAUUCCGGAUCUGCAACAUGGCCAGGCCCCAGGACGGCUAUCGCAUCGUGCAGCACCUGCAGUACAUCGGCUGGCCGGCCUACAGGGACACCCCUCCCUCCAAACGCUCCCUGCUCAAGGUGGUCCGGAGGCUGGAGAAGUGGCAGGAGCAGUACGAUGGCAGGGAUGGCCGGACUGUUGUCCACUGCCUGAACGGAGGGGGACGCAGCGGCACCUUCUGUGCCAUCUGCAGCGUGUGUGAGAUGAUCCAACAGCAGAACAUCAUCGAUGUGUUCCACAUAGUGAAAACACUACGGAAUAACAAAUCCAACAUGGUGGAGUCACUGGAACAGUAUAAAUUUGUAUAUGAGGUUGCACUGGAAUACUUGAGUUCCUUUUAGCCCAGAGGAGGGAGGGGACCCUCGGAUGUGCCAGACCCCAAUCUCUGGCAGGCGCUUCUCCCCUCUCCCACACUGGAAGGCAGUAACAAGUGUGGGAAGGAAAACCUCUCCUUCCUGGAGCAAGAGACUGAGGUUGCACAGACCUCGCUGGAAGGAGGAGAUGAUGCCUGUGUGUGCUGCUGCCUGCUUUCUAUUGGAACAUCUACUGCUUCUUAAAUAACCUACUGUAAAAAUUAGCAAAAUGGGAGACAGGCUGAAAGACUGGACUUUCUAAUCCCCUCUGACUUCUUCUCUCCUCUUUUGGAUUGUAUUUUUGCUCUGCUUGCUGCAGAGUGGGGAAGGAAUGAAACCCUUAGGAAAUUCUCUUUUAAAUGUCUCCUUUUUAAUUUAUAAUUUUGUUCUUGAAUCCCAAUCUUUUCAUUUUUUAAUUUUGUGCAGCAGUCAUUUGGGAAAAAUGAGAUAGCCAUAGGGGAUACAUGAAAUAUUUCAUUACGGUUUGUCUACCUUAUCUCUUUCCUUUUUUAUUUGUUUUUUCCAAAUGAAAAGGCCAACACAGAAGAAAAACAACGCUGGAAUUCUCUUCCCACACGUAGUCCCUUUAAGCAUGAAAAUAGAUGGUGGAGAUGAGCAGCUGUUCGUGGAUUCACUGCCUCCACACAAAUGUUUCCUCCCAGUUUCUGCUCCACUCCCAGGGCUGUGCAUGAACCGGUUCCACCUCUCUGCUCUGUGUUCCUCUGGGUGCUGGUGAAGCAAUGCCACUGAUGAGUUUCCCAGCCACUUGAACCUUAAGGUUAAAUAUUUGCAUCAAACAGAUUGCAGUUUGUCUUGCAACUUCGGUAACUUUGUUACCACAUUUUUCGAGUAUUUGCUGGGGUGCAGUGUGUCUUUGAAAAAAAAAACAAAAAAGAAACAGGGUAUAAAGUAGGUAUUAUUGCUCAUAUGCUAUGUAUUACUGGUUUUUAUUUAUUAUUUGUAUUGCUGUAGAACUUAGGACCCCUAGUCACAACAGGACCCUGCUGAACUAGGCACUGUGCAAACAGAGAGCAAAGAAGGUUCCUGCUCAAGAGUUUAAAAGCUGAAGGUUCUUAAAAUUGGGUUUUGGCAAGAUUUCCUCGCUAUUUCCGAGCCCUACAAGCUUUAAAAUGGGAACCCAUUGGAGCUGUAGGAAAGGUGAUGUACAUACACAGAAACCUGUUCUGACACAUGUAAGGAGAAGUGUUAGCCCAGCACAGCAACUUCUCUUCUUAAGCAAAACAGCUUUUGUUUCAUCCUGCAAAAAAUGCCUGUGCAACUCUCCUGCUCCCAAACAAACACCAGAUGUGUUUUACCAUGGCUCUGGGUCUCGCUCUGAUUUCGUAGCAGCUAAGAAAUUGCUUUUCUGAAAGAGUGUGUUUAAGUAGUUAAUCACUAAGGUCUGCAGGGUAAUCUUGGAGAAAAAAAAAAUAAUUGAAAGAACAAGGCCUUACUAUAAUUAGUAUUUGAAUUUAGCCAUUUAUUUAUCUGGAGGGUGCUGGAUAUGAGGUUGCUCUCUGUGUAAAUUAGAUUCUGGGAUGUAGGUUUCUUUAAAUUCAGACUUUCUAAAAGAUAGAUUGAAGGGAAGAGUUUAAGGAAACUCCACUUUCUUACCACCCUGUAUUUUCCACCCUCAGGUAAAUUCUCAGAGGCUGUGCUGGGAGCUCUGUGCUCUCAAUGUGUGACAAGUUCAACACAUUUUGCUACUUCUGUCUGUAAGUUCAAAAGGCUUCACUUCAUGAUCAUUAUUUCUUCAAUAGACAAACUGCCUUGGCAGUGAGGGAUGAAAAUGGGAGCUGACCAAAGCAGCUCUCAGCUCACACAGGUACCUCACCACAGUUUCCAUCCACCGGGAGCUGCACCAGUCCAGGGAAGGGUGCUUGGAACUGCAAUAAUCCUCUUCCUGAUAAGCAGAUGAAGGGGUUCACGGGAUGCUGAACCUCCUAGCCUGGAUUCUUUCUAAGGAGCUUUGGAUUCUUGGCUUUAAUGUCAUGAACCACAUCCUCCCUGAUGUGCUGUAAAGUGUUGGUGAGAACUCCCUCACAGGAGCCCCUGCUCUGCUUCUAGUUGGUCCUUUCUGUUGCCUGAAAUCAUGAAAUCCCCUUUAGUUCCAAAUGGGGCUGGAGGUGGGUGUCUGGCAUCUCCUGGGACAGGCUGCUAGUUUGAAUUGCUGGGUUUUUUUCCUUAUGCAACUAAGCAACACAAACAAUUCUGCAGGGAAAAAAGAAUAGAAGACAAAGCAAAGCUAUGAGAUAAAAAUGGCCUUAUAUUGGUGUUUUCAUUACAGGUGGCUGGAUGGAACAGUGUAGGUCAGGAGUUGGGAGCUAUUAGUAAAGAUGAGGGAAUUCUGAUCCCAGAAUGGGAUUUUUGAGCAAAUGCCCACGUAGGAAGAAGCUACAAGUCAGCAAAGUGUUUGUGACUGCUGACUCCAGAAAGCCAGAGGGAAUCACUCCCUGUGGAUACUAUGGAAAUAUUAAUUAGCAUUUAGUAUUCUGUUAAUUUUACAUGGAAAGUAGCACAGGGUAAGGUCUCCUUCAUGAUAUAGGAGGGGGAAAGACUGGUGGAAGCACUGAGAGUGACAACCAGGAUAAAAGGAACAGAAUGGUAAAGAAAUAGGAUGAGAUGUGAAGUAUAGGACCUAAUUCAGGCUUAACAGUAGCAGGAAGGAAAGUGGAUUAAAAAAAGAGAAUUAAGCCUGCAGGAGGGAUGUGUGCAUGGAGAGAAGGAGCUGUGGGAUGAGCAGAGCAGAACAGCACUUGCAGUGGAGUUGUUUAAGGUCCUGAGGUAGGAUUGACUGUGUUUUAUGGUAUGGAAAAUGCUGCUAAAGGGUCAGAAGUCCCUGUAUCAGGCUGGUCCACGGCAAGUCAGGUGCGCUUUUGGCCCUCUGCAAACGCCAGGUGAUGUUGGCAUGAAGUGCAGGGGAAGAUGUUAAAGCUAAAUUUUACAUUUUGUAGGAGUUAAAUGCAAGUGCUGGUUACCACAGCCCAGCUGUUAAUCACAGCUUGUUCUGCGGCCACUCAGCUGCGUGUCUGAACCCUCAUGUCCAUGUGUGGGAGGGUGCUCAGCGGACACUGAUAAAAGUUCCUGCAGUUUUGGUGCUUUUGGGGGACCAACCCAGCUCCAGUGUGUGUUGUCUCUGGGAUAUUCCUGCUGUUCCUUGCUGCACACAGUGCAUAUAUGCUGAGUGUGAAUUAAUGAUGAAGGGAAUUGUGUGGAAAGAGAGGACGAGCUGGCUUUAAAUAACUUUAUUACCUUGAAGUUGUUUAAACCCUAGAGAGCAGCCCAUGGCAGAGCAGGUAAUGUGUUUGAAGCAUGAUUAUGGGUGAUGGGUUUGUUUUUGCGGGGAAGGAGAGAAAUUAUGAAAUGAGAUGAGAUGAGAUGAGAUAAAGGAGGUUUUCUCACUCCUGGAAAGAUUAAUAGUCAGGGUGAGCUUUCCAGCCUAAGCAUCCCCUGCUGUGGAUGGAAAGUGAUAAUGUGCAGUAGAAAAGAUGAAUUCCUUCAAGUGAUUGAAUUUUAAGCUGGAAAAAUAUCAUAUUGCCCAUUCAAAUAUCCACAUUUGAAUGGACAUAAUGAACAUAAACUUAUUCAGUCAUCCUUCAGGGGUGAGGGAGCAGUUUAUGAUAGCACAGGACUGGUGUAAGGUUUGGUCUGAAAUACAAGGUACUAGAAAUAGGGAAAGAAGCGUGGGUCAGGUGUGACUAUGUCAUACAGAGAGUAACUAACAUCUGAAAUUAGUAUGGGAUGUAACUGAAACAGUGAAUUCCAGAGCUAUCUAAGCUGGCUGCUGGAGAAGAAAGAGUUUUCUAGAUGGGAGAUAGACCAAAACCCCUAAAAGAUACAGUAGGCCUUAAGAAUCUUUUCUUUUUUUGGUUUUAUGUUUGCUUGGUGGUGGGGUUUGGGUCUGUAUCUUUUUUUUAAUUAAGAUCUGUGCAGGACUGAUGUCCUAUGCUGGCUCUUUUGGUUUGGUUUGAUUUUUUUUUUCUUCUUUGAAGGUAAGGUAAAAAGUGUUUGAACUGCUGUAAAUAGACUUGAGGUAUUUGUUUAUCAGAAUAUCCUGAAUCAGGACCUCUGAUAGCAAACAGGCAGAUGGGGAUGUGCUGGGUUGUGUAUGUUUGCAGGUUGGAAUAACCUGUGUUCUCUGAGCAGGGAAGUUCCUUUCCUGGGCUAUGAUUAGUAGGAAGCCCUUUAAUUUGGUAUUCUUCAGCAAGGUUGCACAGAGUUAUGUCUGCUUUUGCCAUGCAACAGUGGGUCCCUCUUGAUUUAUUCACAUUUUAGCCAUUUUUGUGAGCUAGAGUUGUCCAGUUUGGUCCAGCAGCAGCAGGCAGUUGACUAACACUGAAAGGUUUUUACAUGCACUGAAAAGGUGUGACUUUGUGUGGCCUUUACCCCCGAGAUAACCUGCAGUUUCCAUCCCCUUGUCUUGUCCACCUGCACACACAUCUGAAGAAUGUCCAGAGAAUUCCUGAAAGGCAGAUAGAUAUUUUGGGAGAUACCUGUGACCUCAAAUCAUUCUGGUCCAUGUAACUCCACAGAGCAGAGGAGGGAACCCCAAAGAACAGCUGUUCCCUGCAGCAGCCUGUAUUUGUGUGUCAGUAGUUUCCAACCUUUUAUUCUGGAGCUGUAAACACCCUGGGAAAAAAAAGUCCAGUGGCAACAUAGACCCCACAGUUGUAGAUUUGAGCCUCUAGAUGCUAGACUGGCUUUUCCAUUUACUUUUCACAGGCCCUUUAGCAGCAGUUUGUGGGAUUUCCUUUGGGAAUCUCAAGGCAGAGAUUGCUGGUCACUGCUCUUGUGCUGUAGAGUCAGAGAAGGAGAGAGGCUCCUGCAGCAGGUGGUUCAGAAGACACUUAAACCAGUUGCCAUCUGGGAGAGGAGGAAAGGAGGAGAAAUCUCCUUUGGGAGAAACCCAGCUUUGGAGGAGAAGGCAGAUUAAAUGGAUCCUGAAACAGGGAGGAAUUUGCACCUUGCUCUCUCUCUCACUCUUGCACAGCUGCUCUUUAUCUUUCUUACUCUUCCGAGUUCCUGCCAGGAUCAUAAAAAACAGGUAAUGCCACAUUCCGUGCUGUGGAGAUGGAGCACUCAGAGGGUGACAGAGAGAAUAAAUCCUGAGGGACAGAGAUAAAAGGAGAUUCACUUGAGAGAGGAAUCUUCAAAUACGAGGUGCCUCUGCCUGUCACACCUGCAGGAUUUUUAGUGAGUCGUCACAGAGCAGUGCACAGUCCUGGCACGGUCCUGGGUGUGCAAUGUGGUGGCAAAGUUCCACUUGGAGAACUUCACUGUCCUGUAAUAAAUGUGAGCAGUCAACUCCAUUACGUUGGUAGCACAGUUAAUUUUUGUGAUCCCUCCAGCCGGUGCAAGGGGCGUCUCAAGAACUUUGGUGUGAAACUGCUGUGUUUUCAUUUGAGAGUCUUUCAUUUGUCUUAAGUGUAAAAAGAGUCAGUCAGCCCCAGAUUUUUAAGAAAAUAAAGGGGGGCCAUAUGGUUAAAGUGGCAAAAGUUAUUCAGCAUAACCACGGCCUUUGGGUCAAAAAUUCCAUAUACCUGCUGUGUGAGGGUAGAACAAACCACCACAGCUCCCCUGCCCAGACACUGGAGCAGAAACGGGGAAAGCCAGAGAAUUAAAAGUCAGAGAGACAGACAUGAGUAAUAAGGAUUCUGUUAACCAUCCUGUGCUCCUGUUUAUUUAGAUUGCAGUCUUCUAUAGCCAUGCAUACAUAAUAUACAAUUUAAAUGCAAGUGCUCUUUCUUUCCCUGUUCCCAAAAAUACCUACAGCUCUUCUUUCCUCCAGGGUGAGCCAACAGCAUAGCAAGCAAAGCCCAAUUUCUGCAGUUUUUGGCAAGGGCCACUAGGAAAAUCCAUCAUGUAUUAUCUGCUCAUUGACUUGGAAAAGGUAGCAGUCAUCUCCCUCAUAUACAUACUUGAAGAAUGUACAAUUUGCUCAAACUGUCAAGCAGAAUCAUAUGUUUUCAUACACCGAGACCAAAUCCUGGUGGUAUAGAGUGUGAUGGAAAGAAAAAAAAUUACAAAAACUUGUAAUUUGGUUGCUGACUUCCAGUGACCUCUAGUCUAUAAUCUGUAUUUGCUGUGUUAAACUAUUUUAAAAGUUUCCCUUGUAAAAAAUAACCUCAGACUAUCCUACAGGUUGAUGUUGGAUUAGCAGAAUUGUGAAAACCUGGCAGCUUUUUCAGUUUGUAAAAACGUGGGAGGUCUAAAUUAGUCUUUUCCAUCCUCGCCCCAGUGCAUGCAGCAGAUUUUUCACCACUAUUGUGUUUUCAACCUGAGCCUUAAAAAACAAACUAAUGCAGCAGACUGAAUGCCAGAUGCUGGUAUUCCCAUAGUGUUUCCUGGGGGCAAAAAAAAUAAAAAAUAAUAAUAAUAAAAAAAAAAUAAUGAAAUGGGAAAAGAGCAAACUAAAAUGUUGUUUUCUUGGAACUCAAUUCAGCCUGAGCUGUUUCUAAGCAGUAUAAAUGUGAGCAAGUCCAUGUCACUCUGUCUGGAGGAAGGAUGUGCUUGUUACAAGGUGAAGGUUUGCUCUUGAUGUCCCUUUGGGACUGCUCCUGAUACUUCAUAUGUAGGUAUCCAGCAGUGUGGUGGUUACUUCAGGGAGGGCACUUUGUCCCAGAAGGAGUGUUUCAGUGGAGAUCUGUUCCCCUGAAACGUUACUGUUGGCGAGACUGUGUGAGACCCCUCGGGAGUGUUGCACUGUGGAGACUGAUUUCCUUGUGUGAGUACAUCAUCUUUCAACAGGGACCUCCAGGAAAUCUUAUUUGUGCAAAGUUAUGGAAAGAAGGGCGUUUUGGGGGGAUGGAAGUGGGAGUGGGACCAGCACUUCACAAGCUUUCCUGAAUUUAGGUGCUCUGACAAGACUCCCCGGGACAAAGGCUGGUCAGGUUUUCACGUUGCUGACAGUUGAACCAGGAUUCAUGUGCUGGACUUCCAUGUACCUGGAGCAGAACUGGAAUUACCCUCUCAUCACCCCUCCAGCCCUUUCUUGCAUUGCCAGCACUUAAACACUGUACUUCUAUGCCAAAAGUUUGAGCUGCAUCCUUAACACAUCCUUUAACCCCCCUGACUAACCAAGGGGACAAAAUUCACUCCCCUGCUGAUUUAACCUCCUCCCUCCCCACGCCAACACUGUGGAAAUCAAAAUGCCCCAGCAUUUUGUUGCCAGACUUGUCACCACGUCACACAGCCGUGCUGUGGCUGCCCCUGGCUCAGCAGUGUCCCAUCCCAGGCCCCUGGAUGUGUUCUCCAGCAGGGAGGAGUGCUGCAUGAGAGCCAGUCUCUGCUGUUGCGAUGCCGCCCCAUCUUCCCCCCCUUUGGCCUUUCUGGAUUCCUGGGUAAACUCACUUGUACAGUUUGGAUGUUUGAUAGAUAAAGCACGUAUGAAAAAAAAAAAAGGAAAAAAAUAUAAAUACAAAACUCUCAACACUGUGCAUUCAGUGUCUUUCUAGCUUAAAAGAAGGAAGGUAAAUAAUGUCAAGUCAAUGAAUAUCAGAUAUAUUUUUUGACUGUACAUUACAGUGAAGUGUAAUCUUUUUUUUACAACUGCGAGUCCAUCUUAUUUAUUCUUGUAAAUGUUCCCAGACAAUGUUUGUAAUAUGGGCUGUGUUGCAAAUCCAUAAAAUAAAUCUGUGAUCUGAGAUUAAUGUUUUACUAAGA